UAUUGUUUUGAAAAAAAAUCAGAAUACUAUUAAAUAUUCUUCAAUGUGUUGUAUUUCUGUGUCUUUAUUUACAAGUUAAUAGUUUCUGAAUCAGACCGGCAGAGUGCCGCGGAGGACUCUGGGAGUUGUAGUUCGUGUGUUUUGGGUUCAAGUUUAGUGUUUUUUUUUUUUUUUUAAAAGGCACAUGGCUGCUUAAACACUGGGCGCGGCCUGUGAACAUGUCGACCGUCGCCACUCGCAACAGCAGCUUGCAGAGCAGGGCCGGCGGGGUCCCCAGCAGCCAGAGGAAGCCCUACAAGUGCUCCAAAUGCGAGCGUGCCUUCAAUACCCUGGCCAAGCUGGAGCGGCACGGCCGGAGGGCCCACGCAGGGGAGCGCAGGCACAGCUGCUCGGGCUGCCAGCAGAGCUUCGCGGACCCGGCCGAGCUCUCCACACACCAGCGACACGCCCACGGGAUCCACAGACCACACAAGUGCCCGCUGUGCGCCAAGACCUUCGCCCUGCUCUCCAGCCUGCGGGUGCACAAGAGGACCCACGUGGGCGGGCAGAGCUUCCUCCCUGGCUCCAGCCUCCAGCCGCAGCAGAGUAAGAUCCCCAGAGGCAGGGAUUACAAGUGCCUCACCUGCGGCAAGGACUUCUCCAAGCCCUACCACCUCCGGAGGCACCAGGAGGUGCACCUGACCGCCUUGACCCACAAGUGCCCGGACUGCGGGAAGUGUUUCAGGGCCAAGACUCACCUGUACCUCCACCGGCUCGUGCACGGCACAAAGCACAAGUGUGACCGGUGCAACAAGGUCUUCGUCCACAAGGCGGGGCUUCAGGGUCACCUGCAGAGGUUCCACAGCCGCCCAGGGGGUGAGGAGGAGGUAGGAGGAGGAGGAGGAGAACAAGCACAACCACUUCCACCGGAGCCCCUUAACCGGUGCAGCCAGUGCCCGAAGCGCUUCCGAUCGGCCGCCCGGCUCGCGAUACACCGGCGCCGCUUCCACGCCCGCCAAGAGGAGAAGGAGGAGGAGGAGGAGGCGACUCCAGAGAGCAAGGCGUUGGCCUGCACGCUCUGCGACAGGGUUUUCAGGCACUCCUCCACCCUCUCGCACCACAAGAGCAGGCACCUCCGUCAGGAGCUGCGGUGUAGCGUGUGCACCCACGACCUCGCCAACAGCGGCUCCCUGCAGCUCCGGGUCCGCCUGCACCACACCGGCGGGAAGAGGCCUUACCACUGCCUGGUCUGCAGCAGGACCUUCUGCGCCAUGCUGACCUUCCUGAGGCACUGCGAGAAGCACCAGCAGCAGGACAAGGAAGGGCAAGGAGCCAGGAGCGCAAAGUAGCUCGUCUCGCCUGCUGUGAGGGAAUGCUGCUGCAUCGCCUGGGAUUUUAUUUGAGCCAGUGUUAUCGUAUUGUAUAUUUGAACAGUGUGUAAGAAGAUAAACUUGCAGGAAGCUCAAAAAAAAAAAAAAAGACGACUCCACAUGCGCAGCAAUUUUUGAGCAACUUUUACUAAGAGUUUCAUUAACCAAAGUCUACCAACAAAAACCAAGGAGUACAUUUUUUGUAAUACUUUUAACUACUGGUUUUAGACUCCUUUUUUGAAUACUGUAUGGACAAAUGGAAGAUUCUAUUUUGUUUAUUUGAUCGUAAAAAAAAAAAACACUUUUGUUUGGGCAUAACUACUUAAACAACAUCACCUACCAAAGCAAACCAGAACACAAAUGCAUGUGGCAGAAAAAAUAAAUAAAGCAGAUUUGUACAUCUGAGAAUAACCCCCUUGGUAUACAUUGAGGAAGGGUCAUGGCGUGCACGGCUAUGCGACCACAAAACUACACCUGCAGACGUUUAGCAGAGUCAUUACUGUGCCCUGUGUUGAUCUUGCUUUUCCACUGUUAACCCGCCUUCACUGCCUGUUUCUACGCUGUAGAUUUAAUGUGUGUGCCCGUGUCUGUGUUCAGUGCUCUGAAAGGGGACCAGCCCGUGUUGAAGCAUUGCACCAGCAAUCACUGGGGUCUGUAUUAAACCAAAGUUAAUGGCGCUGCUCUACUUUAUAGUAGCUAUGGCACCGCGGGUUAUUUUGAUUUAAUCCAGGCCCCAGUCU